GUGAACUCUGCCAGGCACAUGGCACAUUGUAUGUCAUCUAUACGUGUCACAUGGAGUCACAUGCUCCAAAGGCAGAUACCUCAAAGAGUGCCAAGAAAUGCCAAGAGCUUUGUGCACGGCUUUGUGUCAGCAACAGGAGAAUCAGUGUGGCAGCUGAAGGAAUGUGGAAGCAAACGCAGGAGUCCAAAGGAAAGAACAUCAGAUUUACGCGUAUCCAUGCGAAGCCCCAGCGAGGGAGAAGGAAGAGGAGGCGGAGGAGGAGACCCCAGGGAGGCGGCGCCCGGCUCUGCGCCGCCCCCGCCACUACUGUUCGCAAGGGCCCCGCAGCCUCUCUCCUGUCCGCGCCGCCCCUCCCCCCCCAGAGGAUCGCAGGCGCCAGACACAGCCCGGCGGAUGCCAAGAGUCAGAGGCACAGCCCCUCACUGGGAAUAGAGCCCCUAAAGGGGUCAGGGAGAGGGAGCGGGCAGCGGGGACCCAGGCGGAGGUGCAGGUCCAACGCCCGGGAAAGCAAGGUGGCCGGGAGGGCGCCAAGGAGAAAGAGCCUCAGGCGCAGCACAGCACUGAGGAAGCCUCAGCCCGCAGAGUGGGGGCUCCGGUGCAACAGAAGGGUCCGGAGCUGGGCACGAGUUCUGUGUCCCACCAAGCUCGGUCAUUGCUGGGACCCCCCUCAGUCUCCAUGUAACACGUAGCCCAGAGGCAGAAUGAUGGAGGGUGGGGGUGUGUGGGGGCUCAACAAUGUCACCCAGAGUCUAGGGCAUUCUUUCGUCUUUUCUCUCCCUCAGAUGAACUCUACUCACAAGGUGGCUGCCUCGGGUGUGGCACAGCUGCGGCUCCUGCAGCACCUCUCCCCGCGGCUCAUCCACUCAGCGCAGAAAACCUUCUCCAGAGCCCCACCCUGAUGUUUGCUAACUGAACCGUAUCACCCCGCCGCAACUGACUGACCCGCGGUGCGCGAGGGACCGCUGCGACUGGCAGACCACCCCCGAACCAUCCCCUGGAGACAGGAAGGGGCCUCGUCCCAUAAGCACAUGGCCGUCUGGUUCCUGAAAAAGAUUUGCCUCCUUUCCACAAGAAAAAAUGUUUGUGGAUGCUGUGAGCAAGAGACAAUCAAGUCAGGUACAGAUUUGUGAACAUGUGGAAGAGCAGGAGGUUUACUUGUUUAAUGCAACUGUUACAGCUCUUACCACCCUGGCUCUCAGCCUCAGCCUCACAAUGAAAUUAUGUGGCAUAAAAAAAAUACCUAUGUCUGGAUGUCACCUCCAGGGAUUCUGAUUUAAUUGAUAUGGGGUGUAGGCUAGGCAUUUGGAUUUUUAAAAGCUGCCCCAAGUGACUCUUAAUGUGCCAUAAAAUUUGAUUUAUUACAUGGCAGGUUCUGUUUAAAAUGCUUUAGAAAGUGUUAAUCUGUUUAAUUCUCUUAACAGUCCUAUGAGAAAGGUACCAUAUUAAACUCCAUUUUAUAGAUGAGGAAAUUAUGGCACAGAAAGAUUAAAUUCCUUACCUAAGAACAAGCCAAGAUUCAGACUCUGGAUGUCUGGCUACAUACCAUGCUCUAAGACACUAUAUCACGUGGAAUAAAGAAGCAACAAUCCUGUAGAGAAGUAUUUGAAAUGCCUAUUAAAAAUCCAAGUAGAGAUCUUGAGCGGCCAUAGUUUAUGUGAAUCUGGAGUCCGGGAGAGAAAUUGCGACUACUGACGUAAAGCUGCUUAUCCUGGGUGUAGAGAUGGUCUAUAAAGCGCAGGCUUAAGUGAAAUCACUGAUAGGGAGAUGUCAAAGAGAAAAGGAGAGGCAAAUCUGUACGAAGAGAAAGUUGAUUGGUGUGGGAACCAGAAUUAGCUGUGAAGAGCAGGAGGGAUCUUACAGCACAACAGACAUGCUCUAAAACUAGAGUGUGGUGAUAGUUGCAAAACUUUGUAAUAUACUAAAAACAUUGAAUUGUACACUUAAACUGGAUGAAUUUAUGGUAUGUAAAUUAUACCUCAAUAAUGUUAGAAAGAGAACAGAGUUUGGUGGCAUGGCAACAUUUCCAGUGCAAACAGAAGGGGGGCUUGCAAAGGUGUGAUGAGGCCUUGGAGGGACGUGGAGGACAGGAACACAGCAGCUGGGCUUUGGGAGUCCUCCCGGGAGGAGGUGCCCUGGGGAAGAGGUGCCCCAGAGAGAAGGUGCCCCAGGGGGCAGUGCUCGGCUGUUUUGAAAUCCCUGAGUGUUUGCAGAAGAGUGGUGAGGACAGAAGCAGUAGCCACUGAAUUUGACCAGAGGAGGUCAUGCUGACUCUGAGGGCUGCAGAGCAGUCAGACAGCCUGGGAUGGGAGUGAGGGGUGAGGAUGAAGGAACAGCAGCCAGCCAGGCUCCUCAUGGCCUCUGGUACUCCAAGGCUUGUAGAUGUUCCCCCAGUUCUCUACUUUCAUUUCCCACCAUGUUCUUCCUGGGAGUGUGUCUUUGUCUGAAUUCUCCCUUUUAUAAGUCAUAUCUGUUAAGGCCCACCUUAAUGACCUCAUCUUGACAUCUGCAAGGACCCUAUUUCCAAAUAAGGUCACCUCACAGGUCCAGGGAUCAGGACUCCCAACACCUGCUGGGGAGACAUAAUCUGACCCACAUCCUGUCUCCUUCCCUUCCAGGGCACAGCUGUCACCGCUGUCUGCUGUCACUGCUCACACCGCCCCACAGGCUCUCUCCUUUGCCUUGGACUGCUUGAUUUUGGUUCUUCACUGACACGUUAGCACUUCUGUCACAGGGUGGUCGAUCAGGCAGUCAAUGUUUUACAAUUUCUUUACUUUCUAAAUACUAUUAGGACACUAAAAA